AUGAGGGAUUCAGUAUCCGAUGAAACUUCUAUGGAUUAUAUAGUAACAGGAGGUGUGGAUGAUUUAGUGAAGGUGUGGGAACUUCAAGAUGAUAGACUGACUUUGAAAUAUAAUCUCGAGGGUCACUCCCUGGGUGUUGUAUCAGUAGCUAUAAGCAACAAUGGCAAAUUAUGUGCAUCAAGUUCAUUAGAUUCAAGCAUGAGAAUUUGGGAUUUAGAAAAGGGAGAAAAAGUAGCAAAUGUAGAUGUUGGUCCUGUUGAUCUCUGGACAGUAGCUUUUAGUCCAGAUGAUAAAUAUAUAAUUUCUGGAUCCCAUGCAGGGAAAAUUACUUCUUACGGUGUGGAAACGGCUAAACCAGAGCAAACAUUUGAAACUCGAGGAAAAUUUACACUCAGCAUAGCUUAUAGUCCAGAUGGAAAAUAUAUUGCUAGUGGAGCUAUUGACGGAAUCAUUAACAUAUUUGACGUAACUUCAAACAAAUUAUGGCACACACUAGAAGGACAUGCCAUGCCAAUUCGUUCUUUAUGCUUUUCACCUGAUUCUCAGCUAUUAUUAACAGCCUCAGAUGAUGGUCACAUGAAACUAUAUGAUGUGCAACACACGCAUGUUGUUGGGACACUUUCUGGUCAUGCAUCUUGGGUAUUGAGUGUUGCAUUUUCUCCGGAUGGUAAAUAUUUUGUCUCUGGUAGUAGCGAUAAAACAGUCAAAGUAUGGGACGUUAAAUCUAAACAAUGUGUACAUACAUUCAAUGAACAUACUGAUCAG